GAAAUCAUUUCACGUGUACCGAAGCAUAAAAUUUAAUAUUUAACGGAUUUCACAAAUUCAAAUAAUUUUUUGCUUGCGAAUCGCAUCGAACUUUUCCAUCGUAAACAUUAAAUUUUCAUUGCAAAAAAUUAACACAAAGUGACUUAAAAUGGCUCUUUCAUUGAUAUUAAGAUCUUCAUCAAGACUUCCAGCUUUGGUGAAUGCCUCGCGUAUAAGCUGUGCAACAGCAACACAUAAUCCACUUUUAUGUUCAUCUUCACCGGUUAAUAAUGUUCGACCGAUCUCAGUGUCACCGACUCGCCAAUCUGCUACUGGAAAUCAUGUAACUCUUUGGCAAGCCGAACGUUUACUUUCACUUGGAAUGCUAGGCAUUGUGCCAGUUGCUCUUGUUUUCCCAUCUCAAGGCGCUGAUUAUCUCCUUGCAAUUUCUAUCGUCAUGCAUUCUCAUUGGGGCUUGGAAGCGAUUGUAACAGAUUAUGUACGAGAAUCCGUUUUCGGUAAUAUUUUACCGAAAGCUGCACAUGGUCUUUUAAUCUUAUUCUCUGCCGCAACACUCGCCGGUCUCUUCAUGAUGGCAUAUAACGACCAAGGACUUGGAAAAACUGUACGCAAAAUCUGGGGAUUGAAAAGCAAUUAA